AUUCCCAAACCUUUUUCAACUCUCCAAAAACAGACACGUCCUCUACUACGUGGCAGUUCCAGAAACCCCAAUACUCCACGUGUCACCCUCUAAAUCUCAUCCAAAAAAACCGACAUUCCAAAACCCAAUAAAAAAAAAAAAACCCAUAAUUCUUCCAACCGCUUUACAACAUUCUAAACUUAUAACAUAAAAUCAAAAAAACAGAGCAACAAAAAACAACAAAGAAAAUUCAAAAAAACUGUGCAAAAAAAAAAAAAAAAGAUGAUGAAUUUGAUAGCCAUAAGUUUAAUUACAACAUCAUUAGUAGUUUCUGGGUUAUUCUCACCAAACCCAGAAAAAAAUGGAGGAAAACAAGAACAAGUAAUAAUCAAAGAAGGUCACAGAUCAGUUGUAGUUGAAUAUGGCGACGACAUAAGUGAUGGAAACACAAAGGUAUUAAUCUCAUCUCCUCAGCCCAAUAAAGGCCCAAUUGAUGAAACUCUCUCUCAUGCAACAGCUUCAGUUGCUGGAAAAGCCCAAGAUAUGAAGGAAAAAGCCCAAGAUGUUGUAACUGGGCUAAAUGGGCCUCAUGGGGCCCGGCCCAGAGAGCUUAUAUGUGAUGCUUAUGGGAAAUGUAAGCAUAAAAUUGCUGGUGUUUGGAGUAAAGCUAAAGAGAAAGCGGCCGAGGCCGAGGAGGUGGUUGAGGAGGUGGUUGAGAAAACAAUGGAUAUCGCUUCCAUUGCGGGUCGUAAAGCGGAGGAAACAGGGGAGGUGAUUAAAGAGAAGGGUGAAAAAGGGGAGAAAGAGUUAUUUGAUAUUGUGAAAAGAGGGAAAGAGGUUUUAUUUGAUGUAAUUUGGUAUGUUUUUGGAAUAUGGAGAGAAAUAUUGAGUUUAAUUAUGAGUGUAAGUGAGUUAAUUGGGAUGUCUAUAGCAUAUGGUGUAGGAAUAUGGGUAACUUUUGUAAUGAGUCAUGUUUUAGCAGGAGUUUUGCCAAAACAACAAUUUGGGAUUGUGCAAAGUAAGAUUUAUCCUGUUUAUUUUAAGGUAAUGAUUGGGAGUAUUGGGUUGAGUUUAGUUGGAUAUAUGAUGGGAGAAAAGGGUAAGAUGUUGAAUAAUAAAACUCAUAUGGUUCAGUUUUAUAAUCUUUUGAGUUCUUUGCUUUUGGUUUUGGGGAAUUUGCUCUUCUUGGAGCCGCGUGCGACUAAGGCAAUGUUUGACAGGAUGAAACUAGAGAAAGAAGAAGGGAGGGGAAGGGACCGUGUUAGUGCUCCUACAAGAGUCAUAGACACAGUGGUUGACGAUUCCACAGGUCCUAUUCCAACAACUACCACGACCACCACCACAACAGCCGCUGGUGGCACAACGACAGCACCAGCAAGCACGGCACCUGCUAGAACACCUGAAGAUGAUGCAGCUAAGACUAAGCUAGCCAAGCUAGACAACAGACUUAAGAAGCUCAACUCAUACUCAUCUCUUUUGAACAUCAUGACUUUGAUGGGUCUCACUUGGCAUCUAGUCUAUCUUAGCCAACGCCUUCGAGCGACAAACAGUUGAUGAAUGAAGCAUCCUUUGCAGAUGCUAAUGUAUGAGACCUGCAUAAUCUCAACUUACUAGCUGUGACUUAGGUAGUGUGUCCAUAUAUUUGUGUCACAUUUUGUGGACGACUUUUUCCCAAGGAUCAGGAAUGUACAACUUGUUGUUUGAUUAUGUAAAUCUAACAGGUCUAAUGUAGCACUUUGUAAACCUCCAAAAAAAGAAUGUAGCAGUUUGUACAGAAUAACAGUCAGUUCUGGGUUUGUUGUA